UGAACAGCAUCGCAAGCGCGUCGCAAGUCGGAUCAGUGCGGUUUCGUGUCGAGAUGUUUUCCACCUAAAAGUGGUGUCACGGUUUUCCUUCUGUUGUUCGUCGUUAUUUCCGUUUAAUUGCCGUACAUAUUUCUGGUUCUGAUUUCGGCAUAAAUUCGGACUGGAUAGUGAAUGACGUAUGUAGUAAUUGUUGAGUGACCAGCGAGGCAGCGUUGCACUGGACCACUGGAGACGCGGUUGCGCUGCAAAUGCACUGAUGCGUGUGUGACACAUGCGAGAGGUCUCCUUCUGUGAGCACAUGCACUUUGCAGCUCGUUUUUCCAGUUGUUGUUGAACAUUGCGAACGGAUGAACCUUGGCAGAUUGUGAGAAUACCGACUUGAGAUGUGCCGGGAACACUUUGGGGGGUCAUGAGGAUACCGAUAGAUUCUGCCAUCAUUGUGUGUCUCUCUCUCUCUCGCUACGAGAUAUGUGCAAUAUAUUGCGUUUGUAAUUACUGAAGCUGGUGAAUCGGUAAUGUUGUCCCGAUAAAUGGCUCCAAAGUCUUUGUUGAUUUGCCGACCCAGAUAGUCGAGACGAGUGUGGAAUUGUGCUGUAAAAUUAUUAUCUCCCAUAUCGGUAGGCUGCAGGAAGCGACAGUAAAAGAGUUUCUAAUUUUCUUUUCUCGUGAUUACUUUGAGUUUUCUGUGCAAUUCAUAAAUAAUUGAUCCGUGUUGGGUUGUUUUUCUUUAUUGAUAGAUAAUAGCUACAGUGGCCAAGUGAUAAUACUAAUUGAUUGAAUUGCAAGAGAAAUUUCUAUUUUCAGUGAGAUCAUAAAAUUCUCGUUGUGGAGUUAAAGUUAGUUUACUAAAUGUUUAGACAGUGUGCAGUAAAAAAAUAAAAAUAGAAAAAACAUGUGUUUUGAAAAAACAAACUAUUUCAGUGCAAGUUGAAUUAACGAAAGCUGAAUUGCAAGCUGUAAAAACGAAUGCUUCAGUGUAAAUAAUAUGUUCACAUAGCGCUAGCGAAACGAGCCAGCGUACGUCUUCGAUGCAAAAGAAAUAGAUCUGAAGGAAUCAAAACCGGAUCGGAACAAGUUUGUGUUGCGAAUUUCAUGUUUUAUGCAUAGUCUACACGACUCGGGUUAAUCCUCUUAAGGUCAAGAAAUCUAAUUCAACUGACGGUGGGGAAUAUUGUCCCAGUGGAUUACGGCGUAGAUUUCAGUCCUUCUAGAACUGUGUGCAGAAUUCGUAGCGGACAAUCUCACACCCCCGUGCGUGCGUGCGGAGAAAAGGGGUCAACAAGGAACUUUUGUUUGUGCCACUGACACGGAACCACACGUGAGAGAUAUCCUGACAGCGAGCAGUGAGCAGCAUCUACAUAGUCAGCCUGUGUUUCCGGUGCGAGUGUAGUGGUGAAACCUGGCGCAGCAUCCAAAGUUCAAGAUAACCGACUGCACAUCGACGCAUGGUGACGAAGCCGCUGCUGCUCAGUUCUCAAUCAAUGUCGUGAUGAUACCGUCAAUCUAACACAGAGAGCAGCUGCCGACGUCGGAUUCCGGCCACACCACAAUAGUCACCGGUUGGAAGGCAUCACGCUGCCUGCGGUGCGGUGCAAUAUAGUAGGUACCGCUGACAUCCGGCUCGCCCACGACCUCCAAAAUAAAGAAAAAACAGCAUAAAUGCACCAAGGUAGAGAAAAACCGUCACCGCAACCGCAUUAUGAAAAGUGAAGCACCUUUCAUCGGUUAGUCUCAGACCUACAUUUCGCUGCGGGUCCCGGCCGUCCGUCAGUCGGCGUUCAAAACGGUGUCGACGUUAUUUCGCUUCGCCCGUGGAGUGAAACUGCAAUCGGCUUGUGAUUAUUAUUAUAUUUAUUCGUUUCGGUUUUUGCGGUUUCUUUCUUCUUCAACACGCAAAAGGUGAAAAACUGCAACUUGAGCAUUGCCUUUUCUACGCUUGAUUGUUUAUUCUGUUGAUUUCGUUGGUGAAUGUGAUAGAGUUUCUUGGUUAGUCAUCCGUGGCUCGAAGCGAAUAGCGAAAAGUUUGAGUCAUUUUUCAAACACGGUUGUCGGCACCCAACAAGAAGAAAAAUAAAAUGUAAAUUUUGAAACUAUACUCCAGUGAAAAAAAAGUGGAUGCUGCGAGAAGAGUCAAAUCAGGUGUGCUUGUGAGUUUUGCCAGCCGGAAGAUAGUGCAGAGCAAGAACAGCGCGCUUGGUUGAAAAUUUGUUUCUGUCGAUUCGGGUCAGGUGCGCUUGAAUGAAAAUUAGCAUAUAACAAAUGCAACACACUGUUGGUGGCUGUGUUUCGGAAGAAGAAGUUGACCAUAUCAGCACUACCGCAGCUCCGACCAGGUGAAUCGUAGUGAGAUUAAAAAAGCGAAAGUUUUCAAGUUGGACAGUUUAAGGAUUAUACCAAUAGCAGCACUGCUUUUUAAGACAAGAUGUCAGCCGGUUUGAUGUCGUGCGUUCGCGAGAAUUCGCCCCCCUUGGAAGGACCUCCCGUCGCUGUCGGAACUAAUGGCCCUGGCAGCGGUCAAAUCAUCGGCGGCAGCCAGCACAUCACCUGCAGCAGCAAUCAGCUACUCGAUCCGAAUGAUAUUCCGAUCACGAUCACCACACCAGAGCAUCUGCACCAAGGACCGGGUGACACCAGCACCACCCGCCGCAAACGAUUUCAUCCGCUUCGGAACCUACGGCGCAUCUUCCGCCGCAGAACGGUGUCCUCGGCCGAUGCCACGCCCCGGCAGCUGCUGGGCAAAAGCCAAACCCACAUCCACUUUGCCACGUCCGGUUGUUCGACGACGGAUGCCACCCUGCCCCGCACCGGGCUAGGCGUGCCGAUCACGAUUAGGUCCGACUCGGGUGGCGGCGUGGGCGGUGGGGGCAGCGCAGUUGGAGCUGGCUUCUACAAGCGCGAAACCUACCGGCUGCGGGACGCCGAUGAUCUGGACAAGGACAUGUCCGACUACCAGCGAAGCCUCAGCGAGGGUCGACUUGUGGAUAGUGAUAUAAGUCGCGAUGGAUUGUCACAAUCGCACGACAGCGUCUUCUCGGAGUCCGCUGGAACAGCCAGCAGCCUCUCAAUUACGCUUAAGAACGAAUUGGCUGAUGUGCUACGAAAGCGGCGAAAGGAUCGGCAGCAUGAGGCAUCCGAUGAGGAUCUCGGCCUACCGCAGAGCCCCAUCACACCGCAGCGGAAGGAUCGUGCGAUGAAUAAAAGCGAAGGUUCGCUCAGCAUUCUCAGCAUGACCAGUUCGGAUCUGGAUCUGGAGGAACGUUCCGGAUCGAACGCCAGCGGUUACAAUCUGUUCCACCUGGACUCGUCCAGCUCUAGUGCAUACAAUCGGUCGUCGGAUAAUCCGGACGACAAUGGAGCUGAAUCUCCAGCGUCAAAGUUGAGUCAUUCCGCAGCCAAGCACAAACUUGCAGUUAGACCAAAGAAGAAAGGUCCCACGCGAGCUCGCGCUCGAACGCGAGAGCCUACGGUGCUUCCCGCAACACCUGAAGUCAACGAGGAUUCAUUGAAACUUUCUACUGUGGACAUUCCGGCGUUGGACCUAGAUGAAGCGGAAGAAAAGUGUCAUUCACUGACCUUUGGUAUCAAUCCGGGAGCAUUGACCACCACUCAGCCAAUGUUAAGCAGCAGCAGCAGCACAACCGUAAUUCACAGACCUUCCGCCAAGGAGUUGAGCUCGAUAAAUUCAAAACUGUCAUCGUCGGCUUCCUUAACAGCAACUAAUUUUAACACUAACUCAACCAUUUACGUUAACAGGAACAUUUCCAAGAGCUAUGACUUCAAUGGAUACAACGGUGAUAAUUACAUAACAGAGGAAUUGGAUCUUAACAGUGGAAAGAAAGAUGAUGAUGGGUUCUUCAAGCGAAUCCUAAACUAUAGCUUCAAGAAAAAGAAACACGAACAAGGACUGAAGGAGGACCAUUCGGGCAUGGCUCCCGUAGCGAUGCCAAGAAAAGAGGACAACACCAGCACCGUCUACAUUACCCCCGGUAUCGGUCAGGAGACACUCAUGAAACUGUCUCUACCAAUUUGUGAAGUCGACGCAUCGGAGAUGAGCGGAUACAAAAAGAUUAAAGUCGGUCCAGCAGCUAGGCAGCGUGUCUUCCCGAAGGAUAUUUUCAACGCUGAAGUGGAUGUAAUUCGCGACAGUCCACGCUAUUCAUCGAACGUUGAGGUUAAUCGUCAUUCGACGUCUUCCAAUGGAAGUGGCUCUAUCAUAGUCGGUGGUGAUAAGAAAAUGAUGCAACACAAAAGUGAAGAAUAUUUGGUAUCGAAAGCAAGAAAACUAUCGGAACGAAGUUUCGACGACGACGAGGAUGACGAAGAUUGUGGUCGAAAGUAUCAACCGAACGUGGAAAAGGUGAAAAACUCUAAAGUAUACAGUGCAAGCCCCUAUCAGUCGCGGAUUGCGAAAAUUUCCGUUAAUCAAGCUGAGUCUCCCAAGGAAAGCCCCAGCAAGCGCAAACCCGUGGAAAAGUCGAAGAGUUUCCGAGUUUACAGCGAUACCGUUUCCAACAAUCUAACUAACGGCAAUAAUUUGCCUAGUCUUCCCAACUUGACUAACUCGCUGUCGGUCGGUAACUUCAGCAACAACUUCCUGGAAACAGAGCACAAAUUCUUUAGCAUGACUGAGAACGCCAGCCUGGGACAUCCGAAAAUAUUCAAAGAUUACAUCACGAAUGUCGAUGAACUCAGCGACGAUAGUAAGUUGACCACUUCGAAUAGCUCCCUGCAGAAGUUCGAAAUCAACGACAACAAUCUGUUGAAUCCUCGUGAACAGGAGCACGUUGAUCAUCAGCCAAAGUCCAUUGUGCUGACAACGAACACCAUCGUCCCACCGGAACCGAACAUUAUCCUUAGUAAAUCCAAUCAGAACAUUUCCCAGAUUGAGGAAACCAUCGAUAAGCUGGUCUCGUCUCCGUUCGUCAGCAUAAUCAAGGACACAAGUGGCAGUAACGACCGGCUGGACCUGCUAGAUCAGCAGCCAAUUUCGUCUGCGUCGCCGCCGCAAGGCGUACCCGAAUUUAUGAAGAUUCAAUUGAACCGUGUGGAGACAGCACGAGCUAAAUCGAACGUCGUUCUGUCGACUUCGACUUCGACACCGGCCAGCAGUUGCCACACCACACCUUCUCCUAGUCCAGCGAUUCCGGUAAAUGGUGGCGACGAUUCGGUCAAGUUACGGCGAUUCAGUAACGAGAACAUUGAAAUAACCGAAAGCAAACCGCCGUUGCCACCAUCGGCAGCAGUCACUGCGCGGAACAGUCUCUCCGAGGCCCCCAAAAGUCCACCGGCUUUUAAGCGAGCUGAACUUGGCUCUAAGCGGAAUUCCAUGAUUCUUCCACAGGAGAUUUCGGAUGAUAGAAAGGUGAUUCUUCAGCGUAGGACAUCCGUUACGGAGGAAAAAAUUAAAUAUGAGCGGCGCAUUUCUUCCUCGUCCGAGGAUAUCAAGUAUGAACGGAAGAAGUCCGGUUCCGAUGAAGUACUGGAGAAGAGAAAUAGCAACUAUAACAGUGGUUCUAGCAGUGGCGAUGAACUGGUAGUCCUUCGGAAGAAGUCAAUCGUAGAUAAUUUCAAAGAUAAGGACAAAGAUACCCCGGAAUUGAUGAAGGUAUUCGCUCGGAGGAGCCUAAAGCUUCGCUCAGAUGAGGACUACCGUAGCGGAGACGUAAAACCGCUGUCGAAUGUGGACAGCGAUAAGGAGAAUCAAUCGAGUGAAGAGAAGUUGGAUAAGAUUAUGAAACCGGAUGGUGCUGGCGUCGCCGCAAAAGGUAUUGGCAGUGUGCUAUCCAAAGAUCCAAUUGACGGUAAAACGACGCCGGAUAGUAAUUCCAAUGAGGUCCACCGCAGGAGUACGCCGAAACCAUUUGGAGUUCCCAAUCGGUUCGGGAAUGCUGUCAACGUACAGGCUAGAAGCAAUGCAACUUUUGCGGAGAUCCGAAAGUCCAUGCUGGCGGCUAGCACAACGACGUCAGCUGCUCAGAAUAACAACACCAACAACAAUAACGUGAAAACUACUGCGGAUAGCAAUGAAGCUGUGGGAUUAAAUGGAACCACAAACAACAAUAAUAAUAAUAUUAGCAAUCGCCAUACUAUUGCCACUAUGAACCAGUUCAACUUGAAUGCCACCAACAACAACAACAAUAGCAACAACAUCAAUAACAAUGGUAAUGCCAACGGAAACACCACUACGAUUGAAACCAUCGGGGAAGUUAACGAGUUCAAGGGUAUACUGCAAAGAAGGGCUGAGUGGGAAAAGAGAGCAAAAGAAGGCUUCAAGUAGGAAGCUCGGCAACCUAGAACCAGUACAGGUUAAGCAACAACCUUGCUCAAAAACGAGCCAAAAGUUUAGCAGAAAUGCAAUUGUAGAUACUACUGUGGAUCAGUAGAAUAGGUUUUUUUGUGAACUGACCAAGUUCUCUAUCAAUGACGUACGUUUGCUCAUCGGUGUGGAUUAUUUUAGAUGUUGCACCACCACAAGAAAGACAUACACUGCUCAUUUGUACGGAAUGAAGUUUAUAGUCAUGAUCGAUUUCUACAGGAAGUAGUUUUUCAGUGUUUUCACUUUAAGAUCUACCCCACCGAACUGAGCUGAAUUGCGGAUAGUCGCUGUUAUUAGCAAUGCUAACCGAAAGGAAAGACUUCUAACUAGCAAUGCAAAUACCUACAUAUUGUUGCAUCAGUUACGACCAAGACGUUAGCUAAGGUUGCACGACCUCCAAUCGUAGCUGUUAGAGUAUCCCAAUAAAAAACCCAUACGCUUUAUGUCGAUAUCGAUAGGAAUUGUUAUACAAAACAUUCAGAGAUUCCAAGUGCUCCCUGUUACGUUUUCUUCCUUCGUGCACCGUCACGUUACAUAAGUUGCUGUUUUCUAUACGACUGUGACAAAUGCAAGCCUUAGUAAUACCACUCGAUGAAUUUGAUUGUUUCUUCCUAUGCUUAGCUAUAGACUUAGGGGCUUGUUGUGCAAGAUAAACGAUAAUCAAAAAAAGUAAUCAACAUUCAUUUCAAAACUAAAUCAAAUGUGAUAAAAUAUUAACUAUAUAUAUUCAAGAUCGAUAUUUUUAGAAACCUGUAUUAAUUUGUAAAAUCGAUACUUUUUUCAAGUGUAAAUUUUCAAUUCUUUGUACGUUACCCCCCGAAAUUUACUGUAGUGAAGCGUAGCGUUUUUUAUAUCUAUUCCCGUGAAAAUUGAGUUUUGAUAUGGCCGAAACAAUAUUGAUCGUUACGAGUAAGAUAAUUUUAGUGAAACCGUUAGAAGUGAUAAGAUCAGGCGGUAAAUUGUUGACCAUACCGAGUGGUUGCCACUUGACGGAUGGCUCGGUACGAAGGUAAUCCGAGCGGACGCCUUUCGGUUACAAUCCUCUUCUGCGCCGAUACAAUAUUAUAAACAAAAUAUAUAUUCCAAGCAAAAAAAAAAUCAAACAUAUUUAUAAAUGGUUAGCUAUCCUAUCGUUUCUCUAGCUUUCAAUUUUAGAGCUGUGUUAAAUCAAAAAUUAGUCACUUAUUUCACGGGCAGUCACAGAUUACGAGCUCACUUCGCUAUUGAAGUGUUACGCGAUUUGUUUUAUCAUAACUUUUCAACUAGAUACAUUCACACUUACACAUACAGACACGCAAUGGAAACGGAAUUUAAAACAUGAUUGAUUACUACUGAACUCUAAUAUGAGCGUGCUUGCAUAACGAAAUCGUAUCAUCGUAGUGAAGACAACCCCCAUCAUGUGUAACUAUAGCUCUACUGUUGAUAAGUAAUAUUGAGAUAAUAAAAUUAUUGGA